CUCAAGAUGGCUUUUAUAGAUUCUAUUCAGUCGUCAAUAGCAUGGUACUGUGAUAGAGGCAUUGCCUUGAUUCAACUCAAACAGAAACUUGACGUUUUUACAGCGUUUUGCGAGUACUACCAUGGAACAACGCUACUCGGCAGGGAAAGCACCGUUGAAAGAGAGAAAGAGAACCAGAGUUCAAUUCUCGUGUACUGCCUGUAGACACAGAAAGCUAAAAUGUCAACGGACGCAUCCAUGCGAGAACUGCAAGAAUCGAGGGGAGGCUGCUUCCUGCACUUAUGUUGGACGGGGUCCCAUCGCACGAGCUCCGGGCAACCGUUCCAAUAUGUCCCAUGUGCAGGAUCGUCUACAGCAUUUGGAAAAUCUGGUCUUGUCUUUUGCUCAGCAGAAGAGGCUCGAGGACCAGCAAGGGGUUUCUCCCGGAAGUGCAUCAUUUUCACACAGCAACUCGGAACAUGGGCCUCCUAAUGUUGGUACUCUGGCUGAAAAAGAAACUACGCCGCUCCCGCAUCCCGGGAGAUUAGUCGUGAAAGAUGACGGGAUCAGCUACAUUGAUGGUGCCCACUGGCGGGCUAUUCUUGAUGAAAUCAACGAAAUGAAAGCGUCCAUGGAGGACACAGAGGAGGAUACCGAAACUAUCGAAUAUGGGUCUUCCGAGUCAUCGUAUCCUCAGCUCCUGUUUGGAAUACAUGAAAUUCCAAGUAAAGAUGAGUUACUGGCGGAUCUUCCGCCGCGAUCUGUAGCCGAUUACCUUAUUUCCCGUGUUCUCGAGAUCGAUGAGCCAUCGAUUGCCCUUAUUCACAUACCGACAUUCUUGAAGCAGUAUUACGCGUUUUGGCUGAAGCUGGAUGAUGUUUCUAUUCCUUGGCUGGGAUUCUUCUUCUCGGUUCUAGGAAUAGCAGCGUCGUCCUAUAUGCGCUACCAGCGGCCAUUACCGGAUCAUUUCGGUAACCUGAAGGACGCUCGAGACCUAUACCUAAAGCGGACUGCCCAGUGUAUUGUUCUGUCGAACUACACGGUGCCUGGACGAUAUAAAGUAGAGACACUCAUGCUAUAUACAUGGGGCGAACUCUUUCGAAACGCAGAUGCGCAGGUUGGGCUAUCAUUCCUUAUUGGGAUUACCGUAAGGCUGGCGAUGCGCAUGGGGUAUCAUCGAGAUUCAAAACAUUACCCCAGUAUUCCAGCCUUGGAAGGCGAAAUGAGGCGACGGUCCUGGUGUCUCCUUUGCCAAAUGGACACCAUGAUUCCGUUCCAAGUAGGCCUCCCCAGAACGAUACAGCCCUGGCAAUAUGACACGGAACUCCCGCACAAUCUCUUAAAUGAAGACCUUCAUGAGAAUGCCAUGCAUCUUCCGCCAUCACGGCCCGAAACUGAAAGAACUCCAGCAUCUUACAUAAGGGCAAAGGGUAGGAUUAUGUACGUUUUUGGCCAAAUCAGCGAUCUUGCGUACUCACAUCACGAGCCUGUGCCAUAUGGAAAGGUCCUCGAGCUUGAUAAAAAGCUCGAUGAAGCUCAUGAUCUAAUGCCGCCUUUCUUUCAGAUACGGCCGUUAGAGAUGUCAAUCGGUGACCGCGUGGAAACUAUAACGCGGCGAUUCUCGUUGGAUAUUCUCUACCAAAAGGCCCGCUGGGUUCUGCACCGGAGAUACUUGGCUGAUGUUGGCUCCGAUCCACGAUACGAUUACUCCCGUUACGUGUGUAUCAAUGCGGCGAAGCAGGUCCUGCGACAUCAAGUAGUGCUGUACCAUGAAAGUCAGCCGGGAGGUCGAUUGUACGGCGAUAUUCAUGUCACUAGCUCUCUCCAAACCAAUGACUACUUGGCCGCAGCGAUGAUCAUCUGCGUGGAGGUAUCACAGAACCGUGAACAACAUGGCUAUCCGGGCGACAAGGUUAGCCGCGAGGAGCUCCUCUCUAUCCUAGAAAAGUCGCACAAUAUCUUCAAAGACCAGCGAGACCAGUCAACAGAUGCGCAAAGAGGGUGCGACGCUUUGGCAAUUAUGCUUAGCAGAGUCAAAGCAGGCCGACAUGGCGCUUCCAAUUGUCAAACUGCGACUCUUUCAAACGGUCGGACAAGUCUAGAUCCGUCAUACAGUCAUAGUCAGGACAGUCCCACUGACAUUAGGCUUCUAGCAGAGACCCCUAUACACGAUGGUCCACAGUCAUCUGGGACAAACCAGCUGGAUUCAGUGACGCUGGCAUCCAGUGCAACAGAGGUGACAUUGCCCCAAACGCGGUCAAUAUCAUCUGCCGGGCUGGGGGUUAUCGAAGACAUGCUGAACACUCCAAGCAACAUCGACUGGGUAAGAGCUCCUUUAGUUCCACUUUCGUUGUUUGAUUCUAUUUAUCAUUGCCCAUUUAUCUGGACUAACUGUAUGUUUUAGCAACUCUGGGAGCUUCGAAUGCAAGGAUUCGACACAGUCACUCCGAACAACCUCACAUACUCGGAUAUGAUGUCUUGGACUGGAAUUAACGAAUUCGAUUCUUAAGGUCAACUCCAGGGCUUAUUUUGAAUCUUAGUGUUAAGUUUACAAUUGAUGUACUCCUGUCAUAGUUAACGAUGGGAUGCACGGAGUAUUAUCUCCUUGCAAGAAAUCUACUUCAAAAAGAACUCGGUAAACAUGAGAUCUGUAGAUGAAGCAUUCUUCGGGUUCGGCACGUUCCGUUUCCCCUGCAUUCCGG